CCCACUGUAGAACUACGGAGUAUGAUAAGCUCGUUUGCAUGCCGCUCAAGUCUCCAUCCAUUCGACAGGGGCGGCUGGUUAAUCUUUUUGGAAUGAUGCUACCGCUAUAUGACAUUCGAAAGUUUCAAGCAUAUCUAUUACAGCGAAGAGUUUUAUAGGAAUGGAAGGCGGGAUGCCUGACUGGAGGCGAGCCCUACUUCUGCCACUCUAAUCGGGUAUUCCGAAAGGAUUAUUGCUCCUCCCGUUCCAAAAGAUCCUACAUAGGUUCUGCCUGAAGCAUGUACCAAAUCAGGCUGAGCUUAAUCACUUGGUUAUUGCAAAAGUCACGCAAUAUGACGUUCCCCACAAGAUUCCUUGUUUCGAAUACCUGUUGCACAACAGUACGAAUAGCAAAGGCCGGAACAAGAUCACUUGUCCGGACCGAUUGCGGAGAAGCUAUGCUUGACGGUAUCGAGAAAGCUCGAAAAUGAUGAAAGAAAGUCGAGAUAUUGAGCAACACCAUACAUCCUUGAGGGUUUCCUUAUCAGCUUCAUGGGGUCAAAAUCCCCCUAGGUGAAAUAAUAACCAAUCGUACAUAACUCCAGUGGACGUCUUUGCUGGAUUGAUACUGCCCAAGGAGGGAGGGAUCAAGCAGGGGCAAGUGAACCUAUGAGAUGUCGGGUAUUUGGGGUAAAUCGUUGGUCAUUUGGCUAUCAUUUACUUGCAUGAAAGUUGUCUUAUCAUGUUUUGAUGAUAAGAGACGCCUGCUUGAUACUUUAUCUACACUUAACUCUGCUUGAGUUCCUAUCGAUGCGAGUUAGAGGAUCGUCUGAUCGAAGAGUACAAGGCAAGCCCAUACAUACAAGAUUUGAAUAUCCUUUAUUCUCACUCAAGAUCAUUCUACCUGCUCUUCGUUUUACUUAGCCUCGGUAUCCUUCCAACAUGUCGUCGGAUCAUAAAAAAGAUGACUACGAGCUCGGUCAUGGCGGUAGCAAGAACGAGAUUAUAGCUCCAGGCAAUAUCGAAGUUCAUUCUGGUCAUUCUGGUCAUUAUAGGGCUGGAGCUAUAGCAGAGUUUCAGGAGUUGACAACUGUUAAGCAAGGCCUACACCAACGCCAUAUCCAGAUGAUCGCACUCGCGGGAGCAAUUGGUACAGGUUUAUUUCUCGGGUCUGGUAGAGCAAUUGCGAGAUCUGGCCCCCUGGGUGCAUUUCUUGGUUAUUCGGUGGUUGGUCUCGCUGUGUCGAGCGUAGUGCUUGCUGUUGGAGAGAUGGGAGCUUUGGUUCCUCUCAACGGAGGACAAAUUCGUUAUGCUCAGCACUUCUUCGACCCUGCCAUGUCUUUCGCCAACGGAUGGAACCAAGUUUAUUCAUGCCUUGUAUCUAUUCCCGCCGAGAUCGUUGCCGCUGCCGUCUUGGUGGAAUUCUGGACGACGAUCAACAAUGCAGUUUGGAUCACGGUCUUUGGGCUCCUCAUGGUCAUCACUUCAAUCACAUUUAUCAGGGUGUACGGUGAACUGGAGUUUACGUUUUCUAUGCUAAAAAUCAUGUUGAUUGUUGGAGUCAACAUCAUGGCAUUAGUUAUUACUUGUGGAGGAGCUCCAGACCACGAAACGAUUGGCUUCCGCUACUGGAGAGAUCCCGGAGCCUUCGUCCAGUACUUGGGCAUUGGCGGCUCUCUGGGCCGCUUUCUCGGAUUUUGGACUACGCUAAACAAUGCUUUAUACGCAUACUCCGGAAUCGAAAACAUUGCUGUCGCUGCUGCCGAGACCAAGAAUCCGAGACGAGCAAUUCCCAUGGCUGCCAAGCGCAUCUUUAUCCGGAUUUUGUUGUUCUACGUUCUGACCAUCUUCAUGGUCGGUCUUGUGGUACCGUCCAACGACCCUGACCUUCUCCGAUCCUCUGGCAACGCUUCAGAGAGCCCCUUUGUUAUUGCUGCAAAAAAUGCCGGGAUCAAAGUUGUUCCGUCGAUUAUAAAUGCAGUUGUUCUUACCUCCGCUUGGUCUUCGGGAAAUUCCAGUAUGCUUAGUGGAACACGAAUGCUCUUUGGAAUGGCUAGGUAUGGGCAUGCUCCAAAAAUCUUCACUAGGACUAACCGUGCCGGUGUUCCUUACGUCGCGGCUGCUUUCUACUCUGUUUUUAUGUGCUUGGGUUACAUGACCUUAUCCAGUACGGCCAGCACAGUCUUUACUUGGCUCCAAGAUCUUGUUUCCAUCGCGACCUUGGUUAAUUGGAUUAUCAUCUUGCUUAUCUAUCUCAGAUUCCUGUACGCCUGCAAAAAGCAAGGAAUUGAUCGCCAUACUGAGCUUCCAUGGGCCGCACCACUUCAGCCAUACACGGCAUGGGCUUCUCUGACUCUCUUCGUCAUCCUCCUCUUUACGGGAGGAUACGCGACUUUCAUUCAUGGCCAAUGGAGUAAUGAGACAUUUGUCUCGUCAUACCUAAAUAUUCCACUCAUCCUCAUACUUUAUUUUGGUUACAAAUUCUAUGCCAAGACCAAAAUGGUUUCGCUAGAGGAGAUGCCUAUUCGUGCUUUUAUUGAGAUUUACCAACAAAACCCAGAGCCAGAGGAAAAGCCUACUAAGGGACUUCGAAGGUUGAAUAUACUAUGGUCUUGAGAACUUUAGCAAGUUUCUUGUCAUAAAGUUAUUAUCAGUGUCAUAGUUUAUUGAGCGAGAGAGAGUCACAGGUGUAUGGCGCGACGAUUUAGAUUCAGGCUUGUGUUGAAACCGGCCAGGAUGUGUUAUAAUUAUAGCCCUAGAAUAUUUCAUUUAUUU